UUAGUUUAAAUUUACAAAACACAACCUUCAGGAAAAAUGGCUUCCCUCUGUCGUUUAGCCACGAAAUCUUCGCAUUUCAACAUCUUCCAGCGAUGCAUUUCAACUACAGCCUUGAGGACGUUAGCUGAAGGACAACAGGAGACACGGGUUGACAUUGUUAAGGACAAAAGUAUGGACAUCACCGCAGUGUCUGGCAUCCCAGAUGAACACAUCAAGACGCGCCGUGCCCGCAUCUUUGUCCCAGCCAGAAAUGCCAUGCAGUCUGGCACCAACAACACCCAUCAAUGGAAGCUGGAGUUUGAGACGAGAGAGAGAUGGGAAAAUCCACUCAUGGGAUGGGGUUCCACGGCGGAUCCUCUCUCUAAUAUAUCAUUGUCAUUCUGCUCUAAGGAAGAAGCUUCAACAUUUGCUGAGAAGAAUGGAUGGUGGUACGAGAUCGAAGAGCCUUCAGUCAAGGCCAUGAAACCUAAAUCUUAUGGAGCUAAUUUCUCAUGGGACAAGAAGACCAGAGUGUCCACCAAGUAGAUCCGCAAUUAUCCUAAAUUAUUGUUAAAAAUUAAGCGUGUUUUGGGUUGUUCUCCUCUGAUUCAGUAGGUAUAGGUUUCCCAGACGUGUAAAUUUAUAGUUAUUUGGUGAAGAUCUUUUACAGAGAUCUAACCCAAUGAGAGAGUUGCUUUAUUAGUAAACACAUCGGGUGUUAAUGUUUCAUUUCUGAUUUGCAUGAUUUAUUACUACACUUGGACUAAAAUUGCCACAACUUUAUAAAUGAAAUGGUUGGAUCAUUCAAUUUUGGUUUAAUACAGUCGAAACGGAGAAAUGUGAUAAAGGACAUAGCAAAAGCUGUUUUCCUUUAUGAUUAGGUCUUAAACAGCCAUGUGAUAAAGAUCUGGCUUGUUCAUUGGUAUCAUUUAUUCAGGCAUGCAACUUUUUGGCUAAUUUCUCUCUUGAACAACAGUGAUGCUACACAGUUAUACAUUCUAGGCAGUUUACAUGUUUUUGUUGCGAUUGCAAAGUUGCAUAAGUAGGUCUGGUUAUUAAGUUUCAAACAUCUGGCGAUUUCUUUCCUCCAAACCAUGAAUAGUUCUUCACUUUGUAAAGGCUGUGAGUUUUCAGAGGCAAAAAGUGUAAAUAAAGAUUAAACUUGUUCAAGUGA